AUGGGGACGUUGGCAUUUUCGUCACAUGAAUUGGACCAGAACAGCUCGACGACCGAAGAAAACGCCGAAAACGCUCACUCAAAUGAGGAUGUUGAUCGCGAUAUUGAAGCAGACAUUCAAGCCGAACUUGACUCCCUCAAACCACAACCGAAUGCCGCCAGUGCACCAAGUCAGAAACUAUCCUGCGUCGAGCUCGAUAUACCCUGUGUUUCAUUUGUUCGUUUCCCAAGUGAAUUGGUGUCCUCGCAUAACCCGGUAGAGAUUGUCCGCAAGCUAUGUACCACAGCAGCAAGAAAGGAUUUCCAAGGCCCUCGAAGUCGUUAUAUCAAGAGACUAACGCCUAUAUCCAUCGUGCGAAAGACCAUGGCCAAUGGCCUUGAGUCUCUCUGCGACGAGUUGCUCCCGGCCCAUUUUCUGGUUGAAGAAGAUCCAUCGACCAAGCCUGCGGCAAAUGAUACAGGAAAUUCUCAUUCGCAAGGUUUCAAAUUCGCCAUUCGUCCAACCAUUCGAAACAACAACAAAAUGAAUCGUGACCAAGUCAUCCAGACAGUCGCUGCCAAGGUAGAAGCACUAGGGAAAAAGAAGCAUUCUGUCGAUCUCAAAGACUACGAUAAACUGAUCCUUAUUGACGUCUAUCGAAAUAUUGUGGGCAUGAGUGUUGUCGGGAGCGAAUUCGAAACACUGAAAAGAUUCAAUCUUGCGGAAAUACAUUCGAGCCACUUUGGAGACGAUGAUACUUAG